UUCGAAUUCACAACCAGCAAAAACCCAACUCUAAUCCAGCAUCUAAUGGCUCUAAGUCUCUUUGGCGGACGUCGAAGCAACGUCUUCGACCCCUUCUCUAUGGACAUCUGGGACCCAUUCGAGGGCUUUGGCGCUCUGGCCAACGUCCCCUCCUCCGCCCGUGAAACCACCGCCAUCGCCAACACCCGCAUCGACUGGAAGGAGACCCCGGAGGCUCACAUCUUCAAGGCGGACCUGCCGGGGAUCAAAAAGGAAGAGGCGAAAGUGGAGGUGGAGGACGGGAGGGUCCUGCAGAUCAGCGGGGAGAGGAGCCGGGAGCAGGAGGAGAAGAACGACACGUGGCACAGGGUGGAGAGGAGCAGCGGCAAAUUUAUGAGGAGGUUCAGGCUGCCGGAGAACGCGAAGGUUGAUCAGGUGAAGGCGGCGAUGGAGAACGGGGUGCUGACUGUAACUGUGCCGAAAGAGGUGAAGAGGCCUGAUGUCAAGACCAUUGACAUCUCCGGCUAAACUAAAUUCGUAUAACCUCGGCUACUUUUAGGGUUAAUGUCGUACGUAUGUUAAAUAAUCAUGGUUUGUUGUGCUGUUCGCUCCUGCUUUUUGUUCUUGUACCUCAGUGUCUCUGUCUCAAUUUUCAUGUAUGGUUUCUGCUUGUGAAAUAUUAUAAACCUUAAUAAAGGUUUUGAGUA